AUGACGACACAACGAGAAAUCGUAUCGGGCUCAGCCUCUGUCCCUGCCAUUUAUCAAUUCAUCAUGAUGACCAUCGAGCCCAUCUUCGCAAUACUGGGCUCAGUCAUGACGAUCCACGCACCGAACCAGUAUCUCGCGGGACUCUCACGCAACGCUCAUCCCUUUGAGGAAAGCACUCGAUUCGUGUUCACGCAGUUGAGCGGGUCCUGGCUCUUUUUCGCCUUCACCGAGGGCGUCGUACUGCGUCUCUUUGACGACCUGAGUCUCUGGCGCGUCGUCAGUGCGGGCAUGCUGCUGAGCGACGCCGCUUACUGUCACGGCACGGCACAGGCCGUUGGAGGUUGGGAAGAGUGGCUGAAGUAUUCCAAUUGGACGGUGGAAGACUACGUUAUUUUCUGGUCAACUGCGCCUAUGGUCUUGGUGAGGAUUUUGAUUGUCUUAGGAAUUGGAGUGAGAAAGACUUCCAAGGCAGUCAAGGCGGAGUGA